AUGUGGUAUUGUGGAGGUCAAGUCGGGGAGAUCAGCACCUCCAGAAGCGGCCUUAGCUUGGCCUGGGUGCGUUGCCCAUUGGCCGGAGCGUGCAAGCUUUCCCAGGCAAGAAUGAUCGCCCUGGGCUGGUCCACUGGAAAAGACGAAGCCAUCGGGAUGAGGCCCUUGCAGUGCUUCAAAUGUUUGGAGCUUGGACAUGUCAGGGCGACGUGCGUGCCCACGGCGAAUCGGUCACACCUGUGUUACAAGUGUGGCGAAUCCGGCCACCGUGCCAGAGGCUGCUCUUCCUCGACACACAAGUGCCCCUUGUGUGAAUCUCUAGGUGCACCUGCUGCCCACCGUAUGGGCGGGGCGGCGUGCAGACCCCCCAAGACAAGGAAGAACGGGCGAGAACUCGCCGGGGCUGUAAGGCACGGUGACAACGCGGCUAGCCAGCAUCUAGUCGGAGGAAGCACUGCCAAAGCGGUAGAUGGCUGGGAGGAGGCUAUGGAUUUAGUACAAUAA